AUGGUGGGUGAAGGCACCAUGGUGGAAGAAGGUACCAUGGUGGGAGAAGGCACCAUCAUGGGAGAAGGCACCAUCAUGGGAGAAGGCACCAUGGUGGGAGAAGGCACCAUGGUGGGAGAAGGUGCCGUGCGUGCAAGAGCUUACUUGGAAGGGCACCUGCCGCCACAGACCACCAGCAGCACAAUGGAAUAG